AUGUCCGACUACUCUCCCACCUCUUCAUCUUACGAGACUGCCCCUAUCUCCCCUUCGGAGACCCUCUACAACACAAAAAAUCGUAUCCGUUUCGCCUCCCGCGGUAUCACGGACGCCGUCGGCAUUCUCGUCCCGCGCAACGUCCAGCAGUGGCAGCUGGACACAGCCUUAGCCCCGGCAAAGGGUACCACUUCCCAACUCGAGGCUUCCCUCUAUAAGGCCACCCGUGAGCUCGAUCAUGAGGUUACUGGCCUUUUUUAUGAAAUGGAUGCUAUCCGUCGUCUGCGGACGGAGGACUUGAAGAGAGCUCAGCGGCGCCACAACCAGACCUUGCUGUUCUGUGUCUUGCUUGUUUUGGUGGGGGUUCUUGGGUCUUGGGUUUUGCAGCACCGUGGCAAGGAGCUCUUUGAGCUCUUCGACUACUAG